AUUUGAGGCUGAGUCGACCUAGGGGAGGCCCAGGACCGGUUCAGAUAAUCGUCACUGAUGGUGUUGGUGUCCGAGAGCUGGGUUUGUAUAACACACGACCGCUCUCUGCUCUGGUUAGCACAGAGCACAACACACACAUAUAUAUGCCCUGUGCGUAGUAGCCUUAACAGUCUUUUGGGGCAAGUGAUUUUUCGCGACUUUAUUUGUUACGAGCACAAUACGCACGCACAUAUACUGCGCGCGACCUGGAGGAGUGUUUGUUCGCUGCACACACAGACGCAGGCAACAGACAACAACAAGCCGUAUGUCUACACCAAGCCUAGGUGACAUGCACGAAAUGUAAAGCGAAAAUAAGGAUAUACGCUACAGCUUUUUAUUCGGGAAAAUAGGCUGAGAUGGGGGGGUUUCUUUUUUUAAAGGAGGAUAUUUUUAAUCUCGCUAAUGAAGACGUGCAGAGCGCCGUCCGGUUUCGUUUUGCUGUUGUCGCUGUACUCUUACAGCACUUGAUUUAAAUUGCUACCUAUUCUGAGCGAGGUCAAUUCGAUUUGAUCGUGAACGGCUUCGAAUGACGGUGUCAACACUCAAGGAUGUGACGACGACGACGACGGCGAUGAUGAUGGUGAUGAUGGCUUGGACGACGCGAGUUGCAGCACGCCGCCUCGCUGCGUGACAGCCAAAGCCCGAUCUGCACGAGACGAGCAAAGUCCUCGCGGAUGACGGGCGGACGGACGGACGGACAGACGCCUGCUGCUGUUGCUGUUGCUUCCCCGCCGUGAAUGUCACGGGCCGUCGUGCGCGGAACAUCGGGAUGGAGUGACCUCAUCGGCCGUCUCUACGCAGCGCAAGCGACACGUGGCGAGCGCGCGUUCUGGAGGAGGUGGCCCGUCGCGCGAGACGUCUCGGAGCUCGAGUGGAGUUGAGAGGAGCGCUGUCGCCGAGGGCGUUGCGUUGAGACGGAAAGCAGCGGAGGAAGAGGAGGAGCGAGGACGCGGGAAGAUGCCCUGGCAGGGUGUUUGGAAGAAGCAUGUGACCGAGAGUUCAUAGGGCUUGAGGGUCGAGAGAGAGAGAGAGCGAUAGAGAGGCGGGAAGGUCUGGCGGAGAAUUGCUGACGGAGUUGGACAGCGACUUUGAAUGUUAGAUUUGAGUGGAGAAAGAAGUGACAGAGCAAUUCGACUGUGUGGAGUUUCAAGAGCUACGCUUCAUCCUAGCAGCUAGAGCGGAAGGCUGAGGACGGAUAGCGAAGGAAGUAAAGUGACAUUAUUUUAAAAGGCGAAAAAAGUCGAUGCGGAUUUGAGCGAGCUGAGAGAGAACGGCGAGCUAUCGUGGGGAGGGAUAGAGCCACAGGAGUUAGCACGACGGGAUCGACUCAAUGAGAACGUUGAGCCAUCUCUACCAACAGCACUGGGAAGAAUAACAUCAACAACAACAACAACUCUACACACAUCCCAAAACGGAGACACUGACACAGGGGAGAGAGAGGUAGAGACGGGGGCUGGGUGGGGUGACGGAGAGAUGUCCUCUCACAAACAAGCGCCGCUGUCUCCGCACUCCACCGGCGCCGGAGUUGAACCCAGCGGCCUUUCGACGCGCGGCUGCUGGUGCAGACGUCGCUUCGAGGACUCGCGCUGCUUCUUGCUCUCGAUGUGCAGCCUCACCUUCGUGCAGGCGCUCAUGGUGUCGGGUCUUCUCAACGGGGUCAUCACCACGGUGGAGAGGCGCUUCAAGCUGCGCAGCUCCGAGUCGGGCCUGGUGGUGAGCUGCUUCGACGUGGGCAGCCUCUCCGUCGUCGUCUUCGUGAGCUUCUUCGGCGGUCGAGGUCGCAGGCCGCGGUGGCUGGCCGCCGGCGGGCUGCUCGUGGCCCUGGGAGCUGCCAUCUUUGCGCUGCCCCAUUUCUUGACCAAGGGUAGUUCCUCCUCCUCCUCCCCAUCAUCAUCAUCAUCGUCGUCGCCGUCCUCCACGAACGUGGGUGACCUCCCGGGACCCUACGCAGGAGACUCGGGGAUGCAGACUCCGUUGGAGUUGUGCGUGCCGACGACAUUGGCGGAGAGUCCCAACGAUUCCUCGCUCGGGGUCACCAAGGGACAACCAGGCCUCGUCCACGCCCUCUCCCCGCUGGCUACGGCCACCGGGGGAGGUGAGGUCGCGUGCGGCGUCGGCCUCCAGGCGGAGGGGCUCGGCGGUGAGCGCGCGAUGGCCAUGGCCCUGUUCGUGUUGGCCCAGCUGCUGGUCGGGAUGGGCGCGGCGCCAAUCUACACGCUGGGGCCCACGUACCUGGACGACAACGUGAAACCUGAGAACGUGUCGCUCUACCUGGCGGCGCUCUACGUGAUGGGGGCCCUGGGCCCUGCUGCCGGGUACCUGCUCGGGGGGUUCCUCAUCGGGUUCCCCGAGUGGCCGGGGGAGCAGAGCUCCUUGAGCCAGGACGAUCCACGCUUCAUUGGAAACUGGUGGGGCGGCUUCCUCCUCUGCUCAAUGGCCAUGCUUCUCGUGGUCGUGCCCAUGUUCGCGUAUCCCAAGCGGCUGCCUCCCCGCGCCUCCCGCAACGCCAGAGGGCCUCCGACGAGUCUCGGUUGGCCCGAUGACCUCCGGUGGCGGCAGCAGCAGCAGGCGGCGGGCAAAGUGAACGGCGAGGAGGAGGAGGAGGAGGAGAGGAGGAGGAGGAGGAAGGAGUUGGAGGAGGCCGAGUCGGCCAGCGUCCAGGACUCCGCCGUUUCCUGCACCAGCGUCUGCAGCAUCACCGCGAGCGUCCCCUCGCCCGCCACGGACGCAGGAGGGCGAGUUCCCCAGCGAACCUCAACUAUGAACUUUGGCGAUGACAUGCGAGAGCUUCCCCGUGCGGCAGUGCGCAUCAUGGCCAACAAGCCCUUCCUAUUCGUGAGCCUCUCCUACACGGCCGAGUGUGCCAUCGUCACAGCACUCAUCACCUUCAUCCCCAAGUUCAUCGAGUCUCAGUUCGGAGUCCCUGCGUCCCGAGCCAGCACCUACACCGGACUCAUCAUCGUGCCGGGCGCCGGCGUGGGCCUCCUGCUGGGUGGCUACAUCAUCAAGCGGCUGCAGAUGAGCGCCUGCGAGGCCGCGCGGCUCGCCCUCUGCUGCAGCGGCGUCUCCCUGCUCUGCUUCUCCACGCUCUUCAUCGUCGGCUGUGAGAGCAUCAACCUGGGGGGCAUCAGCAUCCCCUACACCACCGGACCCUCGCUGACCGUGCGACAGCGCAACCUGACGGGCAGCUGCAACGAGCGCUGCGGGUGCCGCGCGGGGCGCUACUCUCCCGUGUGCGGCUCCGACGGGGUCACCUACUUCAGUCCCUGCCUGGCGGGGUGCAGCGGCGUGAUCAACGACACGGCCACGGGCGCGCUGAACUUCACGGAGUGCACGUGCGUGCAGAGCCAGGAGGUGGUGGCGGCGGUGGCCACGGCUAUGGCCACGGCGGCGGUGUCGGCGUCGUCGGGGGGCGGUGCUGUGCCGGGCCUGGCCGGCCUCUUCAUCGUGCGAACAAACCUCCACUCUGCCGGCUUCGCCACGCCGGGGAAGUGCCGCAAGGAGUGCGGCACGCUCGCGCCGUUCCUCGUCUUCCUCUUCGCGGUGACCCUCAUCACGGUGUGCGCCCAGCCCUCCGCCAUCAUUGUCACACUCCGGUCAUUCCCAGAGCGAGACCGUCCCUUCGCCCUGGGGAUGCAGUUCGUGCUCCUCCGAGCCCUGGCCUACAUCCCGACACCCAUCUACUUCGGCGCGGUCAUCGACACCACGUGCAUGCUGUGGCAGAGCGACUCGUGCGGCCUCGUGGGCUCCUGCCUCGAGUAUGACAGCACGGCGCUGCGCUUCGUCUACUUCGGCAUGGCCGCGGGACUCAAGGUGGCCGCCUUCGUCUUCCUCUUCCUCGCCUGGCACCACGUGCGACGGGGCGCCGACCGGGGUUCGGGGGCCCUUCCCGGCGAAGACAAGGACCGCGUCGGCCGCGGCGUCCGCGUCAACUCGGUGACGUCGCUCGCCGGCGUCGACCGGACCGUGGCGCCGCCCGUCGGCAGCGCCGUGUCGGCCUCCGACUCGGCCUUCACGGCGGCGUCGCUCGGAUCCGUGGAGGCGGAGACGCGGACGCGAUCGUCCUCGCGGUCGCUCGGGGAGCCCCGAGCGGGUGGCUACGCGGAGACGGCCGCGGCGGCCGCGGCCGCGGCGGCCGCGCCGGCGCGAGCGCAGUCGCUCGCCUGCGUGGUGGACGGGCGCUCUGCUCUGCCGGGCGACGACGGCCGGGCGAUGAUUUCCACCAGACUCUAGCGGCUGACGCUCGCUCGCACGGGGGCUCGCCCCCGUUCAAUUGGCGGGCGGGGAGAUGGGACGCCGUCGACGGGGAUAGACGUCGGGGCUGUGAGGGAAGGGUUUGAUUUCGGAUUGGGUCGCUGAAAUGAACCCACGCCUCGAGUCGACUCGGCACUGGCGAGGCGCGUGUCCUCGCUGGGUAUCGGUGUGUCUUGUCGCCGCAGCCUAGCGCGUUUGAAAUUUCCUAUUCACGGUAUCCAUGAUCCGGUAUCCAUUGAUCCACGGGUUGAGAACCGCUGGAUUAAGAAGUUACAGUGAUGCUUAGGUGUAAAACUUCGUUUCGCUUCGGGGGUUAGGAUUAUGAUGAGUUUACCGUUCUGGUUAGGGUUGUGGUAAAAUCUAAGCUGAGAAAGUGACAGAUUUAGGGUGUAAGGUUCAUCUACGAUCUAAAUCAGAGAAAGCUUUAUUCUCAAUGUAUCCAAUUUCAUUUAUCUGCAGACGAGUCAAUCUGGCAUUGUCUCUCAGAUAUGUUAAAUUCAUCCUGUUAGUAUUAGGUACUUGGAAAUUUGUCCUAGGGUUAUAUUUAAGAUUAGGGUCAUAUAUAAAGUUAGCAUUCAUAUUAAACUUGUGCUUAGUAUUAGAUUUAGGAUUAGAUUCACGUUGGGGUUGGAUUCAGGAUAGGGGACGAUGGCUAUUUAUGGAUAGAGUUAGGGCUGCAGAUGGAGCUACGGAUAACGCCAGGAGGCAGAGUUAGAGCCAGGGCUAGUGUGAAGAUGUUUACAGUCCGAGCGAGGGCAACCUUUGGAUUAGCGGUAAGACAAACGUUAUGGAUAGGGGUAGAGUUAAGAGCUAGUUAUGGGGCAUUAUAGCAAGUUGUGGGCUAAAGUUCCCAAUAUAAGCAUCAUUGUCACAAUCUUUGUUUUGUUUAGGUUUCGAGAGAACAGGCUAAAAUUUGAUAACACCCAACUAAAUUUGGGCCGUGUCGUCUAAGCAGCCAUGAUCAAUCUACUGCUGGUUGAAGGCCUCCCCAAACCGCCGGAAACCUUCCAUGAUCCGACGAUGCAACGAUCUAUCCAGCAUGUGCACACUGCCUGAUUAAAUUUGCAUGUGUUAUUGGCAUAUGUAAAAAAAAACAUAGAUUAAUCGGUUCGCUUCCACGCAAUGUCCAUCGAUGAAACCGAUGCACCUUGCUCCCCCAGUUGUUUCGCCACUGUCUCAUUUCGUGGAUUGCGUUCGCUCCAUUAGCCGAGGAGUUACAUUCGCUGUGUUGUCCACGCACUGUGUAAAUAAUCGAUAGUCCCAUGCGCGACCGAACGCGUGUAUUGCGAGUGGAAGGGGCGACGUUUAUUUAAAGCCCUUGCAUCGUUAAUUGCCUUCAUGCUUUUGUGCAUCGCGUGCCAUGGCCCUCUCAGGCCGGCACCAUACAGUGACAUCCUUGAUGUCACAUCCCGGAUGUCACUCCACAUUGAUCCCAUUUCUGCAUUGCAGGCUCAAUGCUGCCCCCUUGCGCCAGUAGAGAUAGCUGGACCAAGAGACCGUGCGUGUUCGACUCACCGCGAUGCAAACGCUCGGAGCCCGCUGAAGGCUUAUUAAUUAACUUUUGUUAUCCUUGACAGUUUUACGAAAGUUAAUUGAAAUUUAAUUUCAGCCUCUCGUUCUUUUCAUCCGGUGAAUGUAACGCCGUUCAUGAAUAAGGUAUUUACGACGAGUGUAAGCAAUUUAAAUACGUAUUUAUUCACGUUUGCAUUUUACGUCAUAUAUAAUGACUGAGCAUAUCUUACUAAUUUUAGUCAUAGCAAUAAUAUACUACCCUUUGUUUACACGGGACGAGCCUCAAUUAAUCACGAUGCUUUAUUUUAGGGGAGGGCCGUGCAUUAGGAUGUUUACCCAGUUUAAUUAACGAGCCCCUCGGCAUUUAUCAGAAAACCACGGGGCUCGGACCUGAAUGAAAAUUGGUGAUAAGAGAGCGUGAUCGUCCACUCUCAUUAAGAAAGCCUUGACACGGGCUUACCGAGACGCAACCGUACAUACAGAAUACACGGUAUUAUAUUAUGACAUGAUCAUUGUAUAACCGCAAGGCCUAACAUGAUAGUAUUUGAGUUGGUGGCUUUUUGUUUAUAGCCGACGUCCCCUUGUAUGUAUAAUAUGUAUUUGUAGGAGAGUGGUUCAAGGUUAACUUGCAGAUUUGUGUUCAUAAAUACUGUCAAAUGUAUGUCCCAAUCUGUAGGUGUUACAUGUGAUAUGCUAACACUUCUGGAGUAGAUCCAACGGCUGUGACUCAGUUCGGAUUGUACAUCGGGCUGCCACCUUUCUACAAACCAAACACGCACACGUGUUUCUCAAUCACCGCUAGGUCUAUUCUCAAAACUGUGCAGUCCACUGAAAUAAAGUUGAACGCAGCAACACAGGGACCAGAUCUCGGUACAAUUAACUUCUGCCACCCGAAAACAGGACAUGCCAAUUCCUGGACUGCCCAGGUCAACCCCUGACAGUGGGGCAACAAUGUUUGGCCACGUAGUGUCUGGAAUAGAACUAAACAUUGGAUCGGGCACAAAAUUACACGGAACGAGAUAUUAGGGAUGAGCAAAGAUGCGGUGGCUUGACGUGGUGAAGAUCGCUCUUGAACAGGAAUGGUGACAGGCAAAGGAAGCUGUGAAGCCAAUGCGAGACGAAAAGAGGUGGAAACGUUAUUGUUUGGCCCCAUCUUCGAUAACAGAAGAAAGGGAACUAAUAUAAGAAUUGUUGAUUGUGAACCGGCAGUAGCAACGUCUGGCGUUGUGUGCAUGAAGUGACAUCACAAUUGUGCAAUGCAGUAUGGGGUAUUUCCAAGAUUGUGGCGAGCAUAUGAUGCGGGACAGCAGCGUCAAAUUUUGACGUUUUCUGCUAAAGGGAAAAUGCCAAAGCUGCUGACAUUUUCACGGAUUAGCGCAAUGGGUCGGUUGAUGCGUGGCCUCACACGCGGAAGUGUGUUUGAGAGGUGCAAUAGAUGUAAAAGUGGAUGUGAGACGGUAGAAAGGCGAUAAUGGGGUGUGAAAGCAGAUAUUCCCAAAAUGGCUGCAUACACGUCCUGAAAAUCUCUGUAAAUGUUGUUGGAUUAACUCUCCAACACACCGGUGUGCUGAAGUAGUAGCUAGAUGGCAUGUUUUAUUUACGUGACAAACCUUACUAAUUGGCUGUGUUGGGUGUUGGCGGGUUUAACG